CUACAGAAUUCGAAGCAGAGCAAGUCGAGGAAGAAAGCGAGCGUCGUCGUGUCGCCCAUUCGCACUCACUGGUGACUGGGCAUCCAAUUCUUCAGACCUUCAAAACUUCAAACUCAAGGAUCGGACGAAUUGUCGUCAGAAAACAAAGUCUAAGGAAGACAGAGAAUAGGGUGCAGGUUUCUGAAUCAUGUGGAGGGAGAAGAUAAUUUCGCUUUUGAUCCUGUUCGUCGUUGUGGGUUUCCAGUCCAUCCCUGCUGCAUCAGGCUCGCCGGUGGGAUUUGAUGUUAGACAGCAUUUGUCAACUGUAACCAGGUACGAAGUUGGUAAACACUAUCGUGGAGGAAGCGAUGAAGCUGUUCCUCCAGUGCCUUCAGGAUGCGUCCCCAUUCAUCUUAACCUCGUGGCUCGCCAUGGGACUCGGGCACCUACUAAGAAACGCAUCAAACAGCUGGAUGAGCUGAUAGCAAAAGUCUCCAAGCUUGAUCGUAAAGACGGCUCUAAGGUCCCUGCUUGGUUAAAAGAUUUUCACUCUCCCUGGGAGGGACGCACUUAUGGAGGAGAACUUCUACCAGAAGGUGAACAAGAGUUGUAUGAGUUGGGACAGAGACUUAGGGAGAGGUAUCCAACUCUUUUCCAAUAUGACUACCACCCAGAUGUAUAUCCAAUCACUGCAACUCAGGUUGCUAGAUCAGCAGCUAGUGCUGUUGCUUUUGGAAUGGGUUUAUUCGAAGGGAAAGGGCGUCUAGGAGGAAGCAACCAUAGAGCUUUUUCUGUUAUUACGGACAGUCGAGAUCGGGACAUUCACCUUCGUUUUCACGAAUCCUGUAUGGCUUACAAGGAAUCUAAAAAACUCCGAAAACCAGCUGUUCAAGUUUUUCAAGAUGAUGUUUACCGCCAGGUGGCAGCUGCAGUCGGUCCAAGAUAUGAACUGGAUUUAACACAUGAAGAUGUCGAAGGUUUCUGGCUUCUUUGCAAAGAGGAAGCUUCACUGCUCAACAUUACCGACCGUGCGUGUGGACUAUUUAACGCUGCGGAGGUUGAGCUUCUUGAGUGGGCUGACGACGUACAAGCACAUCACUUGAAGGGAUAUGGAGAAGCUAUUAAUUAUCAAAUGGGUGUACCCCUUCUCGAAGAUGUAGUUUCUUCUAUGGAUCAGUCAAUCGCUGCCGAUAAAGGUACUCAAAAGAACGGGGCCGUGGAAUCAGCCAGACUACGCGUGGCACACGCAGAAACAGUCAUACCUUUCACCUGCUUGCUAGGUUUGUUCAUGGAAGGAGGAGAUGUGAAGAGUUUACAGAGUGAAAAGUCCAUGAAACAUCCGGCACGACCUCCUCAUCAGCGUGUGUGGAAAGGGAGUGUUGUUGCACCUUUUGGAGCAAACACAGCUCUUGUGCUUUACAAGUGUCCGAAAAAGGCGGAGGGUACAGUAAGUUCAGCAGAAAAUGCUUCUGAGUAUCUGGUUCAAGUAUUGCACAAUGAGAAGCCAAUCUCAAUGCCGGCUUGUAAUGGAAGACACUUCUGCCCGUUCACAGAGUUCAAGGAAACUGUUGCGGGCCCACACCUAAAGAACACCUUCGAAACUGUAUGUAAGGUGGAAGUGACCCCGCCGAAAAUAUCGUGGCCACGAAGGGUUUACCAAAGAGUUAGUCAAAUCUUACAGUGGCCUUUUCAAACAGCUAAUCUUAAUUCUCCCGACUCACGUACCUGUAAAGCAUACUAGAAUAGUUCAGGGGAGCUUCACACCUGGAAAAGAUUUUGGAAGUUGUUCAGGAUAAAUGAAACAUUGAUCUCGGCCUAGAUACUGCUCGUCGUAAAUGAAGAUUUUGUCUCACCAGGUGAGAAACUUAGUGUUUGGCAGGAAAAGUGGAGGUACAGAAGGUGAGUGUUCAGGAAGUUCAGCCGUAAUUGACGUUUAUCUGAUAUCUAUCACCAACAAGAAGGGGAUAGGAGCUUUGAAGCCUGAAGUAGAUGCCGGGCCUCAAAUCUACAGUGACGAGUGAAUGAAGGUGCAUGGAACGAUCUUUACUCAUGUGAGAUAGUAUCUUCGAUAAAUGUCCAGACCUUCCACCCAGC